UGCACUUUGCCCUCAAAGCUUUUUUCCUCAUACUCGCUCUGUGCGCUAUCGUCUCAGUUGAGCGUUGUAGCUUGGAGCGACAGCAGCGAUCGUGCUUUCUAUUUUAUUAUUGUCUGGUCUUUUGUUAAAUAUUGUAAUAUACUAAGAUGUCGCAUAUUAAAAAUCUAAUACCAACGACUGUUAAUCCUGAUUUGCAAAAGGAGCGCUCGUCGGCCAGCUUUGAUGUGAACGAGUUUGCUGCCUGGUGGCAGGGGGGAGCUGAUAAACUUGAAUUGAAGAGAAAAAUUGAGCUUGCUAUCUUUAGUGAUUUGGAGGACGGCUAUGGCAUCAACCAUGAGUACAUGUCCCACGAGGAUCUCUACAAUUCCACCGUAAAGAAGGUCGCCGAAGCAGCACCUAAGCUGAAGGCCCUGCAGGAGAAACUGAAUCCGGGCGGCAAGGACAUUUGGCCUGGCUGCCUGUUCCGCGUUCAGAGCCACGGACUCUUUCCGGCUAAUCAUCCGCUGGCCACCCACAUUACCAUGUUUGUGGACGUGAUCAAGGGUCAGGGCACACCAGAGCAGGUGGAGAAGUGGGGAACUUUGGCCGAGAACUGCAAUAUAAUUGGCACCUAUGCCCAAACAGAAUUGGCCCACGGAACCAAUGUGCGUGGCAUCGAGACACGCGCCGACUACGAUCCCAGAGCGGGCGAGUUUGUACUCAACACGCCCAACCUGGAGGCCUACAAGUGGUGGCCCGGCGGCAUGGGCCACACGGCCAACCACGCCAUGGUGGUUGCCCAGCUGUACAUAUCCGGCAAACUCAAGGGUGUGCAAAUGUUUAUUGUGCCGCUGCGUGAUCCGGAGACCCACAUGCCUCUGCCAGGCAUUGACAUUGGCGAGGUGGGCAAGAAGUUGGGCAUGGCUGCGGUCAACCAGGGCUUUCUGGGCCUGAAGAACGUGCGCAUCCCACGCACCAACAUGCUGAUGAAGUACGCCAAGGUGGAGCGCGACGGCACCUUCAUCGCCAGCCCCGCCUCGAGGGUUAACUACUUGACAAUGGUUUACACGCGCUGCCUCAUCGUUAACUUGAACUCAUCGCUAUUGCUCCAGGCGGCCACCAUAGCCACUCGGUACUCGGCCGUGCGUCGCCAGAGUCCCAUUGAGCCCGAUGAGGCCGAGCCGCAGAUCAUUGACCACGUGACACAGCGACUGAAACUGUUCCCCGAGAUAGCGACCGGCAUGGCCUACGACAUCGCCGCGAAGCACAUGUGGGAGCUGUACGAUCAGACGGUGUUGGAUGCCAACAAUGGAAAAUUCGACCGUCUGCCCGACAUGCACAUUAUGUCGUGUGCCCUGAAGGUCCUCUGCACCACCGACAGCUGCGCGGGCAUUGAGCGUCUGCGUCUAUCCACUGGCGGCCAUGGCUAUCACAUUGCUGCCAAUCUGAGUAACAUUUACGGCAACGCGGUAGCUGCGUACACCUAUGAAGGCGAAAACACCGUGCUGCUCUUGCAGAUUGGGCGUGCUCUGGUCAAGGCUUGGAACAGUUUUAAGCAAGGCCAGGGCGUCUCUCCCGCGUAUGGCUACUUUGCGUCGUCUAUGCGCCUGAAGGAAUUCCCCAAGUGGAACAAUUCUUGGCAGAUCAUUAUUCAAGCAUUGCAAUAUACAGCUGCCCACAAGACACGCAUCGCAUUUGAGAACAUGUCGGAGAGAAUUGCUGCUGGGCAAUCACAGGCUGUCGCAGCCAACAACACGGGUAUCGAGCUCACCAGAGCAGCCGAGUUCCAUGGUCGCCAGUUUGUGUGUGAAACGUUUUUGAACCAAAUUACUGGACCUAAUGCACAGAAUCGUUCGCCCGCCUUAAACAGGGUGCUGGAAAAUGUGUUGGAGCUGUUCCUGGUGCAGACUGUCCUCAACAAUCUGGGCGAGAUCUUGAGAUUUGUCCAUCUGACCGAUGCCGAUCUGAGAUCUUUGCAGAAGCGUCUGGAAGUGUCGCUAGAGAAAUUGCGUCCCGAUGCGGUUGCCAUCUGUGAUGGCUUCGACUAUCAUGAUCGCGUGCUUAACUCGGUGCUGGGCAGCUACGAUGGCAAUGUCUAUCCACGAAUCUUCGAUGCGGCCAAACGCAGCACCAUGAACCAACGACCAGUGCAAAAAUCAUUUGAGACCUAUCUGAAACCCUUGAUGAAGGCCAGAUUGUAAAGAGUGCAAUACAAAGGAUGAAAGU